AUGAAGCAGAUUUAUCCAAAUUAUGGCGUUUCGGACCCCGGACCAUCACAGAAGAAAAGAAGAAUAACAGGAAGCGAAGAGAAUGAAGAUGGAAAGAAGAAGAGAGCGAGGAGUUUGGAGGAGCAGAGGUUACCAGAUGAGAGCUGCAGGGAGGAGAAACGGAGAAGGGAGGAGAUUGAUGAAGGAGGAUCCAACACCGUGAGACCAGCUCAGUCUUCAAGGCUUGACCCGCUCAGUGCCUCCAGCUACGACUUCUUCUCUGUGCUGGGAACAGGAGGAUUUGGCAAAGUAAUGCUGGCCAAGUUGAAAGACAGGCGGCCAUAUGUGGCUCUCAAGUCCAUCAGAAAAUCAGAGACAGACUACGAGAGCAUUAUCACUGAGGCACAAGUCCUAAACAUCUCAAGGGACUGUGAAUUUCUUUGCCGAGGCUAUGCCGCUUUUCAAACCCAGCGGCAUGCCUUUUUCGUAAUGGAGUUCCUGAGCGGGGGAAGCCUGGCAGACGAGCUGAAAAAACACGGCAGCCUAGACAUGGACAGAGUCCUAGACAUCAAACCCCGUAACAUCUUAUUGGAUCACCAAGGCCACAUUAGGAUCUCAGACUUCGGCUUGGCUGUACAAAACAUCUUCAAAGGUGAUACCAUCACGGGCUGGGCCGGAACUACUGAAUACAUGGCCCCAGAGAUUCUGCAAGGAAAACCUUACAAUGCAGCAGUCGACUGGUGGUCCUGUGGCAUCACCAUCUGCAAAAUAGCCUCCGGAGAGAACCCUUUUUACAGGUUUACCAAACAGGAGCUCAUUGAUUCGAUCAUCAACGAUGAGCCUGAAAUACCAAAGUGGCUGGAUGAUGAUUUAAUACAUCUGCUGAAAAAGCUCCUCAAAAAGAAGCCGAGGCGACGGCUCGGGGCCAGAGGAGACAUCAGGUGCCACCCGUUCUUUGAGCCCAUCGACUGGGUGGUGCUGGAAGAGGAAGGAGCAGAGCCCCCUUUUCAGCCACGCAAACCAUCAGCAAAGCUCUUCAGGCCAUAUGAUGGGAAUCUGUCGUUCGUCGGGUCCCAGGAGAAUGAAGCCACAUCAAGGGACAAUAAUAUCGUCUCUGGCCUUUCAUUCCUAAGUUCCUCCUGGCUGGAGUAA